AUGGAGGAGCCGUGGAAUGCACAAAGAAGCGUUAUCGGCUCGAUAACGCGCGUCCUCGACAAUGUGAAGAAACUCGGGAAGAACAACUAUACUCCGGCGAUGUUGAAAAAUCGCAUGGCCAUUCUACAGGACUACUGGAAGGACUGUCAACGGUUGAAUGCGAAGAUCGAAACGACCGCUACCAAGGAGGAACGUAACAGCCAUGAGUACUUCGUCAACCAAAUGUUUCUUCGUGCAGAGGACAGCUAUAUCAACACGAGCGACUACUUAGCCUCUUGGAUAGAUAAGUUUACAAAAUCUCUUCCCACUAAUAAUGGCUCUGCCGAGGCUUCGGUAUCGGAGCAACCGCAUUUUGCAAUACAGUUACCUCGCAUUGUGUUGCCUAAAUUUUCCGGCGACUACACGGACUGGGAAAACUUCAAAGAUAUAUUCGAGUCACUCGUUGUAAAUAAUGAUAAUCUAAGUAACGUUCAACGAUUACAUUACUUAAAGGCUAGUUUAAUAGACGAUGCUAAACUAGUCCUAAAAAAUGUUAGUGUCACGGAAGCCAAUUACAACUCCGCUUGGGAGCUACUAAAAAAUCGAUACGAUAAUCCGCGUAUCAUUAUCAAUGCUCACUUACAAAGUUUCGUUGAUUUACCUUGCUUGAAUUCCAGCUCUGUGAAAGAACUUCGUAGCUUGCGCGACAAAACAAAUGACGCAUUGACUGCCUUGAAGAAUCUUAAACGUCCAGUCGAACACUGGGAUGAUUUGAUAGUAUUUAUUCUUGUUCAAAAACUUGACAAAACUUCCAGAAAGGAGUGGGAAUUUAAGCUUGGAGAUCAGAAUGAUAAUCCGACAUUCAAAGACUUGGAUUCGUUUCUCAGUGCACGUAUUCGCGCAUUAGAAGCCGUCUCAUCGAAUGAAACAGGUUCUAAUGCACAAAUGAAAACCAAACAAACCAAACCCAAACUAGUAAAUUCGCAUCAGUCUAACACCGAAACGCAUAAAUGCAUUUUAUGCAACGAGAAUCAUUUUCUUUAUCAAUGUAAAUCGUUUAAAGAUAAAUCUAUCGAGCAGCGUUAUGAAUUUCUGAAAAUGCACAAGCGGUGCUUCAACUGCUUAAACGGCGGACAUUUUCCGUCUUCUUGCUAUAGCAAACAUGUUUGUAAGGUCUGCAAGGGCAAACAUCAUACUCUGCUCCAUAAGGAGAAUACGCAGGCAACGAGAACUAAUAAUGAUGAGCCGCUUGAGCACAACAAUUCCAACAGUUCGGAAGCUGAAGCAGACACAAAUUCGCAUUUUUCAAAAUACGAAGAAACCAAGGAACCCAAGGAAGUAAAUACCACUCUGCUACCGACUGCGUAUGUUUUGCUCAAGUCGGACUCCGGUCGUUCAAUUAAAGUCAGAGCGUUAUUAGACCAAGGGUCUCAAUCUACAUUUGUCUCCGAAUCCGUAGCGCAAUAUUUAAAAGCAAGACGUAAACAGUUGUCAAUAUCAGUGUCGGGUAUCGGCGGAGCUUCGAUAGGAAAAGUACGGGGAGCCGUCUCAGUCACUUUAGCACCUUGUGACCAAGUAAAACCGGGUAUCGCAAUCUCAGCGCUUGUCCUUCCCAAGCUCACCUCUUAUAUGCCUAAACUCAGUUUUAUCAAAUGCUCCUGGCCACAUUUAGCUAAGUUAAAGUUGGCUGAUCCUGAGCCUUCAAACUCCCUUCCCAUAGAACUUCUCAUUGGAGCGGAUUUAUAUGGACGCAUCCUUAUGAACGGAGUUCUACAAGGACCCAAAGGGUCACCAACUGCACAGCUCACGAUCUUUGGUUGGAUUGUGUCAGGCUCGAUAGGCCGAUCUUCGGAAAUCAGUACAAAUCCUCUGGUUGCACAUUUACAAACCUCGGACGAAUCUGUCGAAGAAUUACUUCGUAAAUUUUGGGAAAUCGAAGAGGUUCCCGCAACAAGUAUGCUCACUGAAGAGGAAGCCGCAUGCGAGACCUUUUUUCAAAAAACCGUUGGUAGACGAUCGGACGGUAGAUACAUAGUUCGAUUGCCAUUCAAAACAGAAGCACCGAUCCCUAUAGGCGAGUCUAAACACAUCGCUGAACGUAUAUUUUCGCGUAAUGAAUCUAAACUGCAACAACAACCUGAAAUCUUGAAACAAUAUCGCGAAUUUAUGGACGAAUACGAAAACCUCCACCAUAUGGAGAAACUGCAUGACGACAGAGCUUGCGAACAUUCAACGCAAGUCGUAUAUUUCCCUCAUCACCCUGUGAUUCGGGAGUGCAGCCAGACCACGAAACUCCGAGUAGUUUUUAAUGCUUCGUGUGCUACAUCUAAUGGCUCAUCAUUAAAUGAUUUCUUGCAUGUAGGUCCCAAGCUGCAGGCCGAUCUUGUCUCGUUAAUUUUACGAUGGCGCGCCCAUCCUUACGUGUAUACGGCGGACAUAGAAAAAAUGUUUCGCCAAAUAUUGAUUCAUCCUGCAGAUACCGAUUAUCAACGAAUUCUUUGGAGAUCAACGCCAUGCGAUGAGCUCUCGUCGUUCAGACUUUUAACGGUUACUUAUGGUACGGCUUGCGCUCCGUUUUUAGCGAAUAGGGUACUCAAACAACUUGCCAAAGAUGACGGUGAUGCGUAUCCUCUCGCAGCCCCUGUCUUAGAGAACUGCACAUAUGUGGACGAUAUUAUGUUUGGUGCCACUGAUAUCGUACUAGCUAAACAGAUUCAAAGUCAGUUGACUCGCCUCCUCAAGGCGGGCGGAUUCAACUUACGAAAAUGGGCUAGCAACUCCAUGGCCCUGCUGUCCGAUAUUCCCACGGAAAAUCAUGGACUCGCUACCGAUAAAUCUCUCCAAAUCGAUGAACACUUGAAAGUACUUGGCACCGCGUGGAAUCCGAGAACGGACUCUUUUCGCUUCUAUAUUGACAUCAAUGGAUAUUCAAAUUUUACUAAACGAUUGUUUCUUUCUUUAGUAUCACGUAUGUUCGACCCGCUUGGAUGGGCGUCUCCCUUUUCAAUUAACGCGAAAAUUUUACUCCAAAUCUUCUGGAUUAGAAAGCUCAAAUGGGACGAGCCUCUUCCAGAUGACUUGGCAGAACGGUGCCUGUCUUACCAGAGUCAAUUAUUACUGCUGCGUAAAAUCGAGAUCCCACGAUGGACCGGACAGAGUAACGAGCCACAGCAAUAUCAACUUCACGGCUUCGCGGAUGCUUCCAACGCAGCAUAUGCCGCAGCCAUCUAUUUACGAGUCGAAUCGCUCGACGGUACAGUUCGAGUCGCUCUUCUAAUCGCAAAGACCAAAGUUGCGCCACUCAAGGUGCAGAGUAUCCCGAGAUUAGAAUUAUGUGCAGCUGUGUUACUGGCUCGACUUGUUCAAUUCACGCAAACUGAGAUGCAACUUCCUAAUAUCCCUAUUUUCU